AUUUUGUAUAUCGAUUAGAAUUCUCGAUUAAUCAGUAAGCGCUGACGAAAAAAUUAUUUCUGUGAAUUCUAACUCUAAGAGUAGUUAAAAGUUGCAUAGAUUUUAAGAAAACAAAAACUUCAAUGGCAACAAAAGCAUCUUUAACUAUGCAAAUGCUGGCUAACCGUCUGGGUAACUUUAUACCCACUGCUGGGACAAAAAACAUAAGCUUACUGCGCCAUGCCCAAACACAACUUCUGCGGGGGUAUACUUCGGAAAAACAGCAAGAAGUAACUGAUGAUGGCACGGUAGUGGAUCAGAAAAAAUCCCCACAAUCACUGGAAAUCGAGCGGUUGACGCAAGAGUUGGUGGCAGCAAAAGACCAAAACAGCGAACUUUUAGACAAAUACAAGCGUGCGUUGGCUGACAGUGAGAAUAUGCGCACACGGUUAAACAAACAAAUAAGCGAUGCAAAAAUAUUUGGUAUACAAAGUUUUUGCAAAGAUCUACUAGAGGUGGCUGACACUUUGGGCCAUGCAACUCAAGCAGUUCCUAAAGAAAAACUCAACGGUAAUUCAGAUCUAAAGAAUCUUUAUGAAGGUCUAAGCAUGACACGUGCUGCGCUGCUUCAGGUGUUUAAGCGUCAUGGCCUAGAACCAGUGGAUCCUAUCAAUGAAAAAUUUAAUCCAAAUCUGCACGAGGCACUAUUCCAAAAAGAAGACACUACUGUUGAAGCAAACACAGUUGUAGAGGUUACCAAGCUCGGUUACAAACUGCAUGAACGUUGUAUACGCCCAGCUCUGGUUGGCGUGUCCAAGUGCUGAUAUAACGAUGCUCAUCGAUAUCCUCUGUUUAUGCAAGCUACUUUACAUAGAUUACCUUCUAAUGUUUGCAAUUUGUCUUAUGCUGCUAAAUUCAUGUACGAUACUAUGUAAAUACAUAUAGGUUUUCCAUAUACCGGAAAUAUCCAAGUUUCCUAGUUAUUAAGUGUACUAUGGCAUUCAGUGUACUACAUACUUUCUUUCUCCGACGUAGUUGCUGAAUGUCUAGUUUAAGGGAUUUAUAAUUAAUAAACUGUUUUUUAUUUGUAGUUUAUUAAUUA